GGGAGUCUGUGCGCGUGCCAGCGCUGUGAGUUAAACUACUAGAUUAUUUCCCUAAAAAGAUGACGACUAGACACUUGUUUCAUUUACUGUCUAAAACGGACAAACUGAGGUACCAUGGAAUCUCCAAUUUGUAUACUCGCUCAGCUUUGUACAUGGUAACAUCAUGUCUGUCUACAAAGAGUUCUCAGGAGAGGAACAUUCUCCUUAUGGGUCCUCCUGGGGCUGGGAAGACAUCAGUUGGACGGAUUUUGUCCCACAGACUCAGGAAGCCUGUCAUUGAUAUAGACGAUGAUGUUCUAGAAAAGACGUGGGGAAUGACGGUAGCAGAGAAGCUGGCGCGAGUCGGAGGCGAACAUUUUAUCGAAGAAGAAGGCCAAGCUGUGUGCAACUUCUCCGCCUCUGGAUGUGUGAUUUCACUUACGGGCUCAAACCCGCUUCACUCAGAUGCCAUGCGACACCUGAAACGCUCAGGAAUUGUUCUCUAUAUGGACAUCGACACUGAAGAUAUCGUGGAGAGGCUGGACAAAAUGAAGGUGAACAGAAUCGUUGGCCAGAGUGCUGGUGUUUCCAUCAGGGAGAUCUUGGCAUAUCGAAAGCAGUUUUAUGAAAAGUGGUUGGAUGCAAGAGUGUUUUGUGGAAAAGGGGACACUAUAGAAGAAGUAGCAGAAAAAGUCAUUAGGGUUCUAGACAAAUAUCAGGACUCUGAAUCAGAGACCUACAUCUCCACCAGAAGACAGGAACCUGCGUCAAACAGUGAUGUGAAGUUCUUCAGUGAUGUCGUUUUGGAGGGAUUAGCUCCCGAUGGUGGGCUUUAUGUACCUCAUACAGGAUUCCCAAAACUGAAACCUUCUGAAUGGAUAAGAUUAGCGGACAUGUCUUAUCCUGAGCGCGCUUUGAUAAUACUUGAGAAGUGCAUACAUCCGCUGGACAUCGCUCCAUCAGAACUUCGCGCAAUGGUUAAUCGAGCCUACGGGCAGAACUUUGCCAGCAAAUCAGUGGCACCUGUUAAACAUCUUGCUGAGGAUCAGUAUGUUCUGGAGCUCUUUCAUGGUCCCACUGCUUCCUUUAAAGACCUGGCACUUCAGUUAAUGCCACAGAUCUUUGCUUACUGUCUUCCACAGAUGUGCAACUACUUGAUCCUUGUGGCCACGUCUGGGGACACAGGAAGUGCAGUUCUUAGUGGGUUCAGCAACCUCAGAGAAAGUGACAGGCAGCGCAUUGGUGUGUUGGUGUUUUUCCCUGAGCGAGGAGUUAGUGACAUACAGAAACUCCAGAUGACUGGUUUCAAAGGGGGCAACACCAGGUCUGUUAGCAUCUUCUCUGACUUUGACUUCUGUCAGAGGACCAUCAAGGAAAUGUUCAGCGACUCAAGGCUCGCUGGCCACUUUGCAGUGGAGUACGCCACUCUCCUUAGCACGGCUAACUCCAUCAACUGGGCACGGCUGCUUCCACAGGUGGUCUACCAUUCCUCUGCGUACCUGGACCUUCUCAGAGAUGGCGUGGUGAAAUUUGGGCAGCCCGUCGAUGUGUGCAUUCCUACUGGAAACUUUGGAAACGCCAUGUCUGCCAUCUAUGCUAAACAAAUGGGUGUCCCAAUAAGAAAUGUCAUUUGUGCCUCUAAUCAUAACUGCAUAGUCUCUGAUUUUAUUACCACUGGUCACUAUGAUCUCCGAGGCAGGAAGCUCAUGCUAUCAAAUUCUCCUGCUAUUGACAUUCUGAAGUCUUCAAAUCUUGAACGGUUUUUGCAUUAUGCAUCCAGCGGGGAUGGUAAGCUUGUCCGGGACUUGUUUGUAAGCCUCGAGAGAAAGCAGCAUUUUACCGUGUCAGAGGAUUUAUUACAGAGGAUACGGCAGGACGUACGGGCAGGGUGGUGCUCAGAGGAUGACUGCCUGAAUACUAUUCGGGAAGUACACUCUAAAACAGGCUACAUAAUGGACACUCACACCGCCGUGGCGAAAUCUGUGGCAGACCGGCUACAUGAUAAGAUGUGUCCAGUUGUCCUGUGCUCCACGGCACAUUUCGGAAAGUUUGCACCAGCUGUUCUUGAAGCUCUACGCUAUCCAGAUGUCCCACAUGAGCCCCUGGAGCAGCUGGAUGCUCUGUGCACUAUCGCAGGCCAAGAACUAAUCCAUAAAACUUUGUAUCAUGGCGUAAGAGAGAGACCAAGUUGUCUGCAUUCAGUAUGCCAGGCUGAUUUUAGUGUGCUUAUAGAUGAGGUGGAAUCCAUGAUACAGGACUCUUUUCUGAAGGUCAGGUAGAACAUGAAUAUUGGCACUGUCCCAUAGUGGCAGCUGCCAGGACUGCAGGAUUUUUAAGUCUUUUUUUUUUUUUAAACAGAACCCUAGUAAUGUCACAACUUAAUAUAAAGUUGUCAGGCUGAAGCUUCUCCACAAGUCCCUGUUUUUGAAAUGUAUUCUAUCGAAAAAUAACAGAAGCUCUGAGACUUUUUAUUAAAAAAAAUUAAAAUUACGUUACUUUAUAAAAAAUACUCACCUCAGACCAGCUCGUCACAUAACUUUCAGCAUUUUCAUGUGAUUGAGUUUGUCCUCAUGAAUGUAAUGAAUGAAGUAAUAACACAUUAUUUCUAAUAUUAUGUCUAAUAAAACAAUUUCUCUGCUAUAAAUGUUGUGGAUACAGUGGUACCUCAGCAUAUAAACGUCCUGCCUCACGAAUUUUCCCCUUCAGAACAGAAAUUUUGCCUCGGCAUACGAAGCAUUUAUUUAUUUUUUUGCAUUUUGUGCAAGAUUUAGUGAAGACAGCUUCAUGGGCCCCAAAAAAUGUUACCAAGGACAGUAGCAAGAAGAAAAUGGAGCUACCUUUAGUUUCAUAUUUUUUUUAACUUAAUUUACAUGUAAAUGUUUUGAUUGUUUUUAUAUGCAGAAAUAUGAUUAUAUGGUUGAAAAUUAGUAAUAUUGGUAAUAUUUUUGGUGGCUGGAACGAAUUAUCUUCAUUUACAUUAUUUCCCAUGGGAAAAUGCGUUUCACAAUACGAAUUUCCGCCUUAAAAACUUCCCUCCAUAACGGAUUGAAUUUGUAUGCUGAGGUACUGCUGUGUAACAAUAUACUGUAUUAUAUAUCAUGAUGAAGCAGUUUGUUAAACUUUCAAGAAUAACAAAAAAAAAUCAA